GAAUCCCUCGACAGGCUCCUCCUGAAGGCUCUUCAUCUCCAACAUGAGUGCUUUCUGUGAACUGGCUACGUGAGUGGGGUCGUGUUGCGCCAUACUGAACUAGAGUGCCAUUCGGGCCCCGCACAAAAGUUCGUGAUGGGUUCGAAGUCACGACGUCGGUCCCGCUCCAGGUCCAGGAGCCGAAGCCAGAAUCGGCGGAACAGGUCCAGAGUAAGCAGGUCUCGAUCUCCGGAGGAAAGGAGAGGCCGCAGUCGGUCCGCGGACACGAAAAGAACCGCCCGUGCUCGCGUACGGUCCGUCAGCAGGGACUCUAGCGGUGGCUCUUCUGCCAGACGUCGGCCUCAACACAGGGAGCGUCCAGGUUCCAGAAGCGGCUCUGAGAGCGACAGGAGGCGAGGACCAAAUCGCCCCAGGAGCAAGUCGAGGGGUCGAUCAUCAAGUUCUGAUUCAGAUGAUCCCAAAAUGAGGAGGAGGAGAAAGGAAAUGGAGACCCGACGAGGAACAUCUCCAGAGAAGAGAAGGGGAAGGUCCCUGUCCAGCUCUGACUCCCAUGAUGGAAGCAGUGAUAGAGAAAGAAGGAGAAGGAGAAGUCCUGACAGAGGGAGUCGAGCCAGAGACAGUCAGAGGAGGGAGCUGGACAGAGAGAGAGAGAAGUGGAAGAGCAGUAGCAGAGACAGGGAUAGAAAAAGAGAGAGAGACAGAAGCCAAGAGAAAAUGAAGAGGAGUGAAGACAGGGAGCCAGGGAGGAGUGAAAGAAGCAAAGAGAGGGCCAACAGAGACAAAGGGAGGCGGCGCUCUAGUUCACCUGAGUCGUCUGAUAGCUCGGAGUCUGACUGUGGGAGCCGCGCAACUAAAGAAAAAGACGAGAAGAAAAAACAAAAGGAAAUGAUGAAAGCUCUGGAGACACCAGAAGAGAAGAGGGCCAGAAGAUUGGCAAAGAAGGAAGCAAAAGAGAAGAAAAGGAGAGAAAAGAUGGGCUGGAGUGAAGAGUACAUGGGGUACACGAAUGCAGACAAUCCCUUUGGUGACAACAACUUAUUAGGCACAUUCAAAUGGCAGAAGGCAUUGGAUAAGAAAGGCAUCGGCCAUCUCGGAGAAAAAGAGCUUAAAGAAAGAAACAAAUGUAUUCAGGAGGAGAACCGCAGAGAGCUGCAGAAGGUAAAACAGCUUCGUCUGGAGCGGGAGCGAGAGAAAGCCAUGAGAGAGACGGAGCUGGAGAUGCUGCAGAGGGAGAAAGAGGCAGAGCAUUUCAAGACCUGGGCUGAACAGGAAGACAAUUUCCAUUUGCACCAGGCCAAACUACGGUCUAAGAUUCGAAUUCGUGAUGGUCGUGCCAAGCCCAUUGACCUUUUGGCAAAGUACAUCAGUGCAGAGGAUGACGAUCUUGCCGUGGAGAUGCAUGAACCUUAUACCUUCCUCAAUGGGCUCACAGUCACUGACAUGGAUGAUCUGCUGGAGGACAUUAAGGUGUAUAUGGAGUUGGAGCAAGGGAAGAACGUGGACUUCUGGAGAGACAUGACAACCAUCACUGAGGACGAGAUCAGCAAACUGAGGAAACUGGAGGCCUCUGGGAAAGGACCAGGUGAUCGUCGUGAGGGCAUCAACACAGCUGUGAGCACUGAUGUGCAAACAGUGUUCAAAGGAAAAACAUACAGCCAGUUGCAGGCACUGCACUUGAACAUUGAGGCAAAGAUUCGAGCUGGAGGAUCCAAUCUUGAUAUUGGUUACUGGGAGAGUCUGCUGCAGCAAGUCAGAGUCUAUAUGGCCAGAGCCAGGUUGAGAGAGCGACACCAAGAUGUGCUGCGUCAGAAGCUGUGCAAGCUGAAACAGGAACAAGGAGUGGAAAGUGAACCUUUGUUCCCCAUCAUCAAAGAGGAGCCACGGAGUGAGGAAGAUGACAGGGAAACAGUGGGAGGUCAAACCAGGGAGACCACAACAGAAGAACCCAGACAGUCAUCAUCUUCCUCCUCCACUAAAAGUAAGAAUAGAGAACCAGAAGACGAAGAAGAAGAGGCAGGCCCAUCCACAUCCAAUGCAGGAAACCAGGAUGAGGAUGGAGGAGAAGAGGGAGACAGGAAGGAUGAAGAGGAGAAGGGCGAGGUGGUGGAGGCUGUGUUAACGGAGGAGGACCUGAUCCAGCAGAGCCAGGCAGAGUACGACUCGGGGCGCUACAGUCCUACCCUGCUCAUGUCUUCUGAGCUGCCGCUGGACACACACACCAUCACCCCAGAGGAGGACAUACACAGGCUGCAGCUGGCACGCAGACAGCUACAGGUUACCGGUGAUGCCAAUGAGAGCGCCGAGGACGCUUUCGUACGUCGGGCCAAAGAGGGCAUGGGCAACGAUGAGGCCCAGUUCAGCGUUGAGUUCCCGGUCACGGGGAAGAUGUACCUGUGGGCGGACAAAUAUCGCCCCAGGAAGCCCCGCUUCUUCAACCGGGUCCACACAGGGUUCGAAUGGAACAAAUACAACCAGACACAUUAUGACUUCGACAACCCUCCGCCCAAGAUCGUCCAGGGAUACAAGUUCAACAUCUUCUACCCAGACCUGAUCGACAAGCGCUCCACCCCACAGUACUUCCUCGAGCCCAGUCCCGACAACAAAGACUUUGGGAUUUUAAGAUUCCACGCGGGCCCGCCGUACGAAGACAUUGCCUUCAAGAUUGUGAACAGGGAGUGGGAGUACUCACACCGACACGGCUUCCGCUGUCAGUUCGCCAAUGGGAUCUUCCAGCUGUGGUUCCACUUCAAGAGGUACCGCUACAGGAGAUAGAGGCCACAUACCAGGACGGACCAAGAGCCCAGUCACUGGGUUUUACCACACACGGUGUAUUAUUGAGGCUGUACAGUCAAUUUGCAUUGUUGUAUCGUUUCAGCUGCUGUCACAGAAAAGCAGUUUGUUAAAGACACACAUCACUCUGUACUGUUGUCUGAAAAAGUAAAUUGUAAUGUAGUUUGAAAAUUACACAUUAAAGAUUUUUUUCCCCAUUUUUACU